UCCACCACAGCUUACAUCAGCUACCACCAGUGCCUUAGACACUCUUGAUCUUGAACAACCAUAGGAAGCAAUGGCGUGCUCCAAAACCAUAGCUUGCCUGUUCACUAUGCUACUCCUUGCUCCGGCCAUCAUGGCCGCGGACCCUGACCCUCUCCAGGACUUCUGUGUGGCCGACCUCGACGGCAACGCAGUCCGGGUGAACGGAUACCCGUGCAUACCCCAGUCGGAAGCCGGCGACGACUUCCUCUUCUCCUCCAAGCUAGCCAGGGGCGGCAACACGUCCACCCCGAACGGCUCGGCCGUGACGAGGCUGGACGUGACGGAGUUCCCCGGCGAGAACACGCAGGGUAUCUCCAUGAACCGCGUGGACUUCGCGCCCGGGGGCACCAACCCGCCGCACAUCCACCCGCGCGCCACCGAGAUUGGCCUCGUGAUGAAAGGCGAGCUCCUCGUGGGGAUCAUCGGCAGCAACGAGUCCGGGAACAGGCUCUACUCCAGGGUGGUGCACGCCGGGGAGAACUUCCUCAUCCCGCGCGGCCUCAUGCACUUUCAGUUCAACGCCGGCGACACCGAGGCCACCAUGUUCGUCUCCUUCAACAGCCAGAACCCCGGCAUCGUCUUCGUGCCGCUCACGCUCUUCGGCUCCAACCCGCCCAUCCCCACGCCGGUGCUCACUAGGGCUCUCCGGGUGGACGCCGGGGUGGUCGAACUUCUCAAGUCCAGGUUCGCUGGUGGGUCUUUCCAGGCCUCCUAAGAGCCUGCCCAAGAUGAUCAAUACAUAAUCCGAUCUGCAUGCUAUGCUAGCGAAAUUUAAUACUAAUACAUAAUCCGACUUGUAUAUUCAAGCUUCUGGUUAAGCUCGCAUGCAGUUGUAAUACGAUUGAAUAAGUUAGCCUCGCAGUUCUGGCCAUCAAAACCGACACGAGGAAUUGAAAUGUAUUACUUUCUAUUGCCAUAUUUCCUCUAUAUAUUGAACGCUAUAUACAAAUAUUAGUUCUUA